UACAAUUCACACACACUUUUCACCCUUAAAAUUAGUCCUCUGUUUUUCAGUUUAUCCUCUGUUUUCAUAUCUUCAGAAGAAACACAAAAUUGAUCCUCUGUUCUUCAAUUGUUUUCAUAUAUUUGCAGAAGAAACACAAAAUUAAUCCCCUGUUCUUCAAUUUUCACCAUAUAUUUGCAGAAUAUCAUCAAAUUCUGACAAAAUGGAAUACAAAUUCAAUCAUGAUCAACCAAUUGACCUCCCUCCAGGCUUCCGUUUUUAUCCAACCGACGAAGAACUCAUAUCUCACUACCUUUAUCCGAAGGUUUCCGAUUCGAAGUUUGUCGCUAGAGCGAUCGGUGAAGUUGAUUUGAACAGAGUAGAGCCGUGGGAGCUUCCAUGGAGGGCGAAACUCGGUGAGCAGGAAUGGUUCUUUUUCUGUGUUCGAGAUCGAAAGUACCCGACUGGAUCGAGAACGAACAGAGCAACAAAAGCAGGGUAUUGGAAAGCUACAGGAAAAGAUAAAGAAAUUUAUAAAGAGAAAUCACUUGUGGGUAUGAAGAAAACACUUGUUUUUUAUAGAGGAAGAGCCCCGAAAGGCGAAAAGACAAAUUGGGUGAUGCAUGAAUAUCGGUUAGAUGGGUUGUUUUCUGAGAGUAAUCUCCCGAAAUCGGCUAAGGGGGAAUGGGUGAUUAGCAGGGUUUUUCACAAAAGUCCUGGUGGGAAAAAGAUUCCAAUUUAUGGGCUAUCAAGGAUGAACAAUGGAACCAUGCCUCCAUUAAUGGAGGUUUCAAGUGUGGAUGGAGGAUCAAGAACAGAGAAUUCACACGUGACCUGCUUCUCCGAAUCGAUGGAAGAACAGAAACCGAACAAUAACGAAGAAAUGAUGGGGAGUUGGAGCUCAAGCAGGUCGCUAAUGGCAUCAAGAACCGAAGGUGUUUAUCCGAUGGAUUCGACAUGGAUGCAAGAGCCAUCAAUCCUCAAGAUCUUGCAGGAUGCCAACAACAUGAGUCAAAAUUUGAAAAUUGAAAUGGUGGGUGAUCAAGAUUAUGGUAUGAACUUUGGUGGUGAAGUUGAUCUUGAUUACAUGUGGAAUUGUUAAGCAAGAAGUAAAGAUGUUGGUUAUAGAUUGCUAGAUUACCAUCUUAAAUUGAUGCAAUGAUUUUAUAUAAUCAAAAGAAUUAUGCGAUGUAAAUAUAUAUUGUCCUUAAGGUAUACAAGUGAAGUUCAUGAUUUUAAAUGAAAUGAAAUAUACAUA